AUGUAUAUGGUAGUUAUACCAGAGGAUCUUCUUGUUUGUGGAUUAACAGAAGUAGACAACAAUGGUCGCGAUGUAAAGCUCGAACGUGGACGACCAGAGCCGCUCUACCAGCUGGUCGCCGCACUCGACGUUGUGACUUGCAUAAGAACUAAAAUGAUCAGUUUAACGAGGGUUGGCCACCUGAAGCCCUCUUUCAUGGCAUUGGCGACUAGGAGACAGUCAACACAGAAUGUCUUUGCUGUAAUCAUGGGCGGUGGGGUUGCCGGAAGCUCCGUUGCUUAUCACCUCACCAAGAGGAAUAUCAAGGACGUUCUACUCCUAGAGAAAGAAGAGGUGGCCACCCCUACAGGUACUUCGUUUCACUCACCUGGACUCGUUUCUGCUAGUCACCCAGCAAAUCGUUAUAAACCUAUUCUCGCAUAUUCUGUUGAACUGUAUAGCAAACUUCAAGAAGAAACUGGAGAGACUAUAAACUUCGAGAGAACUGGAACACUUCGUCUUGCUACUAACCCUACUCGGCUCCAAGAAUUUAAACGAUAUGUGGCCAGAGAUUAUUACAAGGAAGGAGAUGCCUGCAAAACAUCUCUUCUUUCACCUGAGGAGACAGCUGAGCUCGCUCCUAUUGUAGACGUCAAGCAGGUUCUUGGCGCAUUGUACACAACCAAUGACGGCAUGGUUUCCGCAUCAGGAUUAAAUCGUGCUUUAGUCGCAGGAGCGAAAGCGGGCGGCGUGCAAGUGGUAAACUCUGAACCAAAGUCUGUCCGUUACGACAAGGAGAAAGGUUGUUGGCAUGUGGAGUUAGCUAAUGGAAUGAGUGUGACUACCAGAAAUUUGCUUAAUGCUGGAGGAAUCUGGGCAAAUGACAUUGCUCGUCUUUCUGGUCAUGAAUUGCCUAUGGUUAUCGCUGAACAUCAGUACGCUUAUCUAACGCCUAAUUCACCUUCUCUUGCUAACAUCCCUGCAAUAAUUGAUCAUGAUAGCACUUUCUACGUGCGUAAAUAUGGCGACAGUUACAUCUUUGGCGGGUUUGAGCCAAUAGAGAAAGUCGUUUUCAGAGAAGAUUGGUUUCGCAAAGGGGUACCGAAAGAGGGCUCCCGUGCCAUAAAACCAGAGUUUUCGAGGUUAGAGGAGGCAUAUAACCGUGCAUGCGAGCUUGUUCCCUCUAUACGAGAUGCGAAAGUUGAAGCAAAGGCUGCUGUGUUUAGCAUGACUCCAGACGGCUACCCCCUGGUGGGUCCGUUCGAUAAAAACUACUGGCUGUCAACUGGGUUCCUCGAUGGAGUAAGCAGUGGAGGUGGAAUAGGAAGAUAUCUUGCUGAUUGGAUAGUGGAUGGAGAACCUCCUUUGGAGCUGUUUGACACUGAUGCGAGUAGAUAUGACAGAUGGGCAACACGACAAUUUAUUUUGGAAAAGAGUAGAGAAACUUACUCUAUGUACUAUAAUUGGUCCUACACGAAUCGGCUUGGUGCUAGGCCCACUGAUCGCGUUAGUGGAGUUUAUGGACGUCUUAAAAGGGACAAAGAAGGAAUGCUGUCUACACUUACUCGUGAAUACCAAAUGGUUGCUAACAAGUGUGGGGUUAUUGACAUGUCUUGGAAAGGAAAAAUUGAAGUGAAAGGAGAGGAUUCCGAAGCGCUUCUGGAUUAUGCUAUUUGCACUCAGGUUCCUCCUCUCGGCAAGAUUGGAUCUGGCUUGAUGUUAACUCGCCAUGGUCGAAUGUUUGCCCCUUUAAAGAUUUUCCAUCAUGACAACACUCGCUCGGCUUUCAUUAUUCUUACUGAACCAGAAAGGGAAAGUAGAGAUAUUUAUUGGCUACGGCGUGCUGCGUCCGAAAAGAAGUUCAAUGUGCAGGUGAACUGUGUGUCUGAGUACCUUGCCUCUCUUGCUCUAGUGGGUCCAAACAGCAGACAGCUACUUUCUGAGCUUACCAAAUCAAAUGUGUCUGAAGAAGGGUUUCCCCAGCGUUCCACUCGUUUGAUGCGCCUCGGCACAGUUGCAGUUGUAUGUGCUCGCAGUUCUACAUCUACAGGACAACUCAGUUUUGAGCUUUUCCAUAACAGAGCUGACUCCGCCAAACUUUAUCAAGAAAUUAUGCGUGCGGGUGCGCCUUACGGAUUGGUCAAUUUUGGUCAAGCUACAUUGAACAUGAUGAGGCUUGAACACGGAUAUAAAGUUUGGGGUCGAGAACUUACUUUGGACACAAAUCCGUUCGAAUGUGGAUUGGGAGCUCUUGUUGACUUCACCAAAGAAGAGUUCAUUGGUAGACCUGCAGCGAUCGAGUUAUCCAAGCAGUCGUAUGACCGUCGUCUCGCUCUCCUCACCUUCGAUCCUGCUGAUAAUCCUCAGGUGCCUAUUGAGUGGAGUAAUCUUCCGUUCGGGAAUGAAGUUGUUCGUCGUGAAGGCCAAGAGGAGCGUAUUGGUCAGAUCACAUCAGGCUCCUAUAGUGUGCGUCUCCACCGACCAAUUGCUUUCGCAUGGAUUGGGACCGAUGUUCGACCCGACGAGCGGCUGACAGUGGAUAUAGGAUUCGAGCGCCGUUUGGUGGGCACCACCCUGGAGAGCAUCCCACAUAUUCCUAUUCACUAG